UCAGCUGGUGGUGAUGUGAAUUUGAGUUUGACAAAUAAUUAAUUCAAUAAAGAAGGCUAUCAAAUAAAGCCCUUAUAUUUGUAAACAUGCCAGAGGACGUAGCCCCCCGAAAUAUAAUUGAAAAAUUCGUAUUUGCUGUGGCGAACACAUUAGAAGCCCCAGCUAUAUGGGUGAGAGAAAAGGUCGUAGAACCUAAUCAAAAACAAUCUGCUUGGUACCAUCAAAAGUUUAGAAGAGUACCUACCAUUGAUGAGUGCUACACUGAUGAUAUCGUUUGUAUUUCAGAAGCAAAUAUCCAAUUUAAAAGAGACAAACUUGUUGAUAGUGAAAUAAUAAACAUUAUGAGGGAACGAUUUGAAGAAUGUACACUGUAUGAAGCUCCUGAUCAUAUAGAGAAAUGUAGACCUCUUUUGGAACAAUAUCAAGAGGCUUCCACUAACUGGUUCAUCAAGUAUGGUGACUUGGGAGCUUAUGGCAAUGCUACUGAUGCUUAUAUGAAACAAAAACAUAGGAUGAUUUGGGAACGCAGACAUGGUCCAGUGGGAGGUGGAAUGAAAAGUGAUACUCCAUCAGAAGAGUAAUAUGUACCUAUGCUAAUUAAUAUUAGUAUAGGGCAGCAGUUUGUAAUAUAUUGUAGUUAAUAUUAAAUUUUCAAUCUCUAUUG